UUGUUGCUUCAUGCACAAACAGUGAGUGAGAAGUGAGAAGUGAGAAGUGAGAACGGAGAGCGGAGCUUUUAGUAUCUUAUUUUUAUCAAAGGCUGGACUCAACAACUUGAAGGCUCCUGUGAUUCCAGAUUUCAGAUGCUCAACAAAUUUUUCUCGAGAAAUUUAGCCCAUUUUCUUCGAUUGUUCGAAUCACCAGUUUCAAGUACUGAAUUCUCAUUAGGGAAGUCCUUGACUCAUCCAAAGCUUUCUGGGUUUGGAGAUUUCUGACACAAGAAGCAGAUUUUGUUGAAACUUUGUGGAACUCGGUGGUGGCUAUUCAAGUACAGGUAUUGACAUUGAUUUUGGGGUCAAAUUUCUCUGUAACAUGAUUCUCACAGUGAAAUCCGAAUCUGAUAUCACGAGCUUAACCCCAUCAUCCCCUCCAAGGUCUCCGAAACGCCCAGUGUACUACGUCCAGAGCCCUUCAAGGGACUCUCACGAUGGAGACAAGUCCAGGUCCUCUUCAAUGCAACCAUCCCCAAUGGAGUCACCUUUACACCCAUCCUUCGGCCACCAUUCCAGAAACUCAUCAUCUAGUCGAUUUUCGGGGAUAUUCCGGUCAUCCUCAGGGAGAAAAGGAAGCAAGAAGACGAUCAAUGACAAGGGUUGGCCCGAGUGUAAUGUGAUAGUAGAAGAAGGGUCCUAUGAGGAUCUUGAAGACAAGGCUUUUACUAGAAGGUGUCAGGCCUUGAUUGCUCUGUUUAGUUUUGUGAUGUUGUUUGCCGUUUUUUGCUUGAUUAUAUGGGGAACGAGCCGGCCUUACAAAGCUGAGAUUACUGUCAGGAGCUUGGUGGUGAACAACUUUUAUGUGGGGUCUGGAGCAGACUUCUCAGGAGUUCCAACAAAAAUGCUAUCAAUGAAUGGCUCAUUGAGGAUAAGCAUAUAUAACCCUGCUACAAUGUUUGGCAUUCAUGUUAGCUCUAAACCCAUCAAUCUCUUAUAUUCAGAGAUUGCUGUAGCAACUGGCCAGUUGAAGAAGUAUGAUCAGCCGAGAAAGAGUCACCGAACGGUAUCUGUUAACCUGGUAGGAAACAAAGUUCCCCUUUAUGGGGCUGGAUCAAGUCUAGCAGCUUCACAAACUGGAUCUUAUAUUGCAAUUCCAUUCACAUUGGAUCUUGAAAUACACUCGCGAGGAGAUGUGGUGGGAAAGCUGGUGAGGGUAAGACACAAGAAACAGAUUUCUUGUCUCUUGGUCUUGGACUCUACCAGAACCAAACCUAUCAAGUUCAAGAAGGAUGAUUGCAGAUAUAGCUGAUAUCCUUCUGGAUGUUUUACGGUGAUACCUAAAAAAAUUCUAGUUCAAUGGGGCAUUUUUUUUCGAUUUGAGUGGUAAAGGUUCUAAAUGUGAAGAAAGAUACAUCUAGUCGUCACUGUUUUUGCUUCAGCUGUCCAUACUACUGCAUUGUGUGCAGAUAAAUGUGUAUAUCUUGAUUGUACGUGUGUAUAAGUACCAGAUUAAUCUCCUAGAGCAAGGAAAAAAUAAAAAUUCUUGCAGAAUCACCAUGGUUUCUGAAUCUCUGUGUAAACUGGAUUGCAGGGAGUGUUCCGUUU